UAAGAAGGGAGGCUCUGUCAGCAUCAUUUCCCUCAGCCCUGGCCUCCAUCACCUCCUAGGCCAACAGCAAAGCCAAGGGCCAUGCUCCUGUUAUCAAUUCUGCUGCUCACGUCCGAAGCCAAGGGCGUACAUGUUGAAUGUGGUAAAAGACCAAUUUUUGAUGGAAGAGUUCAGUAUUCCAGAAUCAUAGGGGGGAUGGAGGCUGAGGUGGGUGAGUUCCCGUGGCAGGUGAGUAUUCAGGCAAGAAAUGAACAUUUCUGUGGCGGCUCAAUCAUCAACAAGUGGUGGAUUAUCACUGCUCUUCACUGUGUAGUUUUUGAAGAGCUACUUCCAACGGACUUGAGUGUUGUGCUGGGAAGCAAUGACUUAAGAAGCUCAUCUGUGGAAAUAAAGGGUGUUACCAGAAUAGUUCUUCACAAGGACUUUCAAAGACACAACAUGGACAAUGAUAUUGCCUUGCUGCUGUUGGACUCACCCAUCACAUUCAAUGGACUGACAGAGCCCAUCUGCAUGCCCAGAAAGCCCAGCCCCUCCAUGUGGCACAACUGCUGGGUGGCAGGAUGGGGUCAGACCAGCAGUGAUGACAAAAACUCUAUGAAAACUGAUCUGAUGAAAGUGCCAAUGAUCAUCAUGGAUUGGGAGAAAUGUUCAAAGGCAUUUCCAAAACUUACCAAGAAUAUGCUGUGUGCUGGAUAUGAGAAUGAGAGUUUUGAUGCUUGCCAGGGUGACAGUGGAGGGCCUCUGGUCUGCACCACAGAAUCUGACAAGACCUGGUACCAGGUGGGCAUCAUCAGCUGGGGCAAGAGCUGUGGACAGAAGAACAUGCCAGGAAUAUACACCUUGUUAGAAAAUUACAGCCUCUGGAUUAAGAAGGAGACAUAACAAUGAUUUCAUUGAACUGGAAGAUAAGACUACCACCUGGCCAUUUUGGACUCCUCAUGCCUCUGAAUCAACAACAGGCAAAUAAGGGACUUACUGUGCUGGCUGAGGUAAUGAAUCCUGAUUACUAGGGGAAAUUGGAUUACUACUCUAUAAUGGAGGUCAGGAGGAGUAUGUCUGGAACCCCAGCAAUCUCUGAAAUUAAGGUUAAUGGAAACCUACAACAACCCAAUCCAGACAAGGUUACUGAUGGCCCAAACCUUUCAGGAAUUAAGAUUUAGGUCAUCCCACUGUGUAAGAGCCAUCGCCCACUGAACUGCUUGCUGAGGGCAAAGAAAAUACAGAAUGGUUAGUGGAAGAAGGUAGUU